AUGCUUCUCAACACACUUUUGGUGUUUUUCGUCGGCCUCGCUGCGGCUGUCCCUACAACCAACAUUAACACUCAGCCGUCGUACCCUAAAUGUAGCAAUCGAAAAGACCCCGCUUUUGUGGCGUAUCAGCUUCUAAAGUUGAGUCCUCUAGGCCAGAAAUGGUGUAAAGCCAAGAUCGCACCCAUUACACAGACAAUCACAGUAGGAGCCGUCCAGACUGCGAAGACUACAGAGACGACGUUGAAUGUCGUAACGAUCACGGGCGGAAUCGGCGGAACAACAACACUCACUGCUCCCGUGGAGACGGUGGUUCAGACCCAAACAGCCAUGGCUACGACUACUGUAACCAGCUCGAUUUGCCCAGAUCCCAUAUCCCCUAUGCCAACGAAGAGGGCCAAUGGUGACUGUCCCAAUUCACCCAUCCUCGGGUGGGCGUGCGAGAUCCUUGAAUAUGCCUGCCACUGCCUCAAUCUUCCAACUUCUACGAUCAAGAAGACGGUCACGACAACAGCUACCACUCUUGUGUCGACGACCACAACCGUCGUCUCGACAACAGCGAUCCCAACCACUGUCAUGACAACUCCGACCAUCACCAAUACCGUGACGGUGACUUCGACGUCCACACUCUGCACCGUAGCCGCACCUCGACCAACAUGCAACAACCCCUCCACCUGCGACAAAGUCAACCAAUGUACUGGCACUUCCAGCUGCAUCUGCAUCGCAGGCUCCGACGGCAUCAAUAUGUGCGGUAACGUAGCCGUCGACCAGGGUUGUAGUGUGCAAAAGCCAUGUGACGUAAACGCCGAUUGCAACCCAACGGAGAUCUGUAUAACAGCAUGCUGUAGCACCAAGAUUUGUUACGCAACAGAGGGAUGCCCAAAUGCUGCGUCAACACGGCGGAUGUUCAGAAAGGAUGCGUCGCUGGUGGACAAGCGCAGGGAUCUGCCACCUUCGUUUGAUCCAUCCGCUGCUAAAGCUCUCUGA